GGGCCACCGUACCGAGACACAUUGGAGCUGGAAUACAGUCACUUAGGACUCGAUUAUGUUUAGAUUUAUAUUUAUUUUAUCAAAUACAAGGUUAUUUAUUUUCCAGCGUGAGGUCUACAGUUAUAUUUAUUAAUGAUGUCACGUUAGCGUUUCGUCUUAUUAGGUAGCUAGAUAGCCACAUAUUUAUUAUUGCGCUGCCAACCCUUGUUCCUUUCCUGUGUCAAUGAUUCUCCUACCCUCACUCUUAUGGCGGAGACUAAAAUAAUAUAUCACAUUGACGAGGAGGAGACUCCUUAUCUAGUGAAAUUAUCCGUUUCUCCUGAGAAAGUCACUUUAGCGGAUUUUAAAAAUGUCCUCAACAAUCGUCCGGUCAAUAGCUACAAAUUCUUUUUCAAAUCCAUGGACCAGGAUUUUGGGGUUGUCAAAGAGGAGAUUUCCGACGACAACGCCAAGUUGCCCUGCUUCAACGGGAGAGUGGUGUCCUGGCUCGUCCUGGCAGAGAGUUCUCACUCUGAUGGGGGGUCCCAGUGUACAGAGAGCCACCCAGAGCUGCCACCCCCCCUGGAGAGGACAGGGGGCAUCGGUGACUCCCGCCCACCCUCCUUCCAUGCCAACGCGGUGAGCAGUCGGGACGGCCUGGACACAGAGACGGGCACAGAGUCCCUCCUGAGCCACCGUAGGGAGAGAGAGCGAGAACGUGCCCGGAGGAGAGCACGAGAGACUGAAAUCCCUCGAAUCAACGGCCACUCUAAGUCGGAGCGCACAGCAAGGGACUCCGCCAUGGGCUAUGACAGUGCCUCAGUAAUGAGCAGUGAGCUAGAGUCCAGCUCCUUCGUCGACAGUGAGGAAGAUGAGGACGCUAGCAGACUCAGCAGCUCCACAGAACAGAGCUCGUCCUCUCAGCUGAUGCGCAGACAUAAACGCCGCAGACGGAGGCACAAAGUGGCCAAAAUAGACAGGUCUUCGUCUUUCAGCAGCAUCACCGAUUCCACAAUGAGUCUAAACAUCAUCACUGUCACACUCAACAUGGAGAAGUAUAACUUCCUGGGUAUCAGUAUCGUGGGGCAGAGUAACGACCGGGGGGACGGGGGGAUCUACAUUGGCUCCAUCAUGAAGGGAGGAGCUGUGGCUGCAGACGGCAGGAUAGAACCUGGGGACAUGCUCCUACAGGUGAACGAUGUGAACUUUGAGAACAUGAGCAACGAUGACGCUGUGAGGAUCCUGAGAGAGAUUGUCUCCAAAACAGGUCCUAUUAGUCUUACUGUGGCCAAGUGUUGGGACCCGUCUCCGCGAAGCUACUUCACCAUCCCCCGGGCUGAACCAGUAAGGCCCAUCGACCCUGCUGCCUGGAUCUCCCACACAACUGCCCUGACCGGACCAUACCCACACUACGAAUUUGACGACUUGCCGCUAUCUGCGAGUAAGACGGACAUAUCAACCAUCGUCAAGGUGAUGCAGCUGCCUGACUCUGGUCUGGAGAUCCGGGACAGGAUGUGGUUGAAGAUCACCAUUGGCAACGCUGUCAUUGGUGCUGACGUGGUGGACUGGCUCUACUCGAGGGUGGAGGGCUUCAAGGACAGGAGGGAUGCCAGGAAGUAUGCCAGCAGUCUGCUGAAACAUGGUUACCUGAGACACACCGUCAACAAGAUCACCUUCUCAGAGCAGUGCUACUACACCUUCGGAGACCUCUGCCAAAACAUGGCGUCUCUCAACCUGAACGAGGGUUCCAGUGGUGGGGGCUCUGAGCAGGACACCCUGGCCCCCCUCCCCCCCCCUGCCACCAACCCGUGGCCCCUGGGGGGUCAGCCAUUCCCCUACCCCCCCUUCCCCUCCGCACCUGCAGGCUUCCCUCCGGGUUACUCAGACCCCUGCCACAGUUUCCACAGUGGGAGUGCUGGCAGCCACAACAGUGAGGGAAGCAGAAGCAGUGGAUCCAACCCCAGUGUGGGUAUUGGGACAGGGAAGGGCCCUAGCCGACGCUCCUCCCCACAAGAGAAGGGUCACAGAUCCACAUGCAGUGAAUCCGAGCCACCGGGCAUCCUAGGGGCGAGGCGCCCUGGUGAUAGGUCCGCCAGCCAGUUGAGUCAUCACAGCAGCCAUGCCCACUCCAGCAACAGCCACGCCCGCUCGGGUUUCAGCCAUGCCCACUCUCACAGGAGCCACUGUCAGUCACAGAACAGCCACACCCACAGCCACGCCUCCUUCACCUACAAACACGCCCCUUUCACCCAGCCUGGGCUUGGCUCAUGUGGCCACAGUGAGCGAAGCCACGCCUCCUCCUACGGCCCCCCUGGCCUGCCCCCCCCAUACUGCCUGGCCCGGUUGGCCCCUAAGACCUCCGUCAGCAGCAGCACCCCUCCCGGGGCCCCCCCGGUACGGGAGCUAGGAGCCGUCCCCCCUGAGCUCACGGCCAGCCGCCAGUCCUUUCAGCACGCUAUGGGCAAUCCCUGUGAGUUCUUUGUUGACAUCAUGUGACAGACAGGACAGUGCCUUUUAAAAACUCGCUGAGCACAAACAACUCCCCCGUCCAACUGCCUGACGCCUGUCCGUCCCGCCUCUCCUUUUCUUCUUUACCUCUCUGCUACUGACUAUCCCUGAGUUAAUUAAGAAUGUAGACGCUGGUCCCCUCCCUCCCUCUGAUGUCGGAGCAGGGGAAGACAGCAGACUAGAGCACAACAGAACAGAUGAGAGUCCUGCUAUUACACAAACACACAGAGCCUCGGUGUCUGAACUGGACGCCUGCCAGCUCCUUUGUAUUGACGUGAUGUGUACAGUUUGUAAAAUCGAUGUGAGUGGUGUUCAAUAUGGUGAUCCUUGUGAGCUGCCACACAGACAGUCCAGUCCUGAGAGCAUCUACUUACUCUAUGUGGAGUACAACUACCUGCUGUUUGUAGAACCUGACCAGGCCAACUGACUGGGUCUGGAUCUCAAUCCCCCAGACCCACCCAGAGCCCUUUACACAAACUUCCACUGUUUAGCCCAUAAUACCAAAACUCCUGCUCUAACCGACUGACCUGCUAUCUUAUCCCGUAUGCAGCUGGUCCCCCUACAUAAUAUGUCAUGGUCUCCCUGAAUACCGGAUAAGAGAGCAUAUCAGUAAUCUAACUAGUCAAAGCUAGCCUCAGCCCAUUUGACAGCCCUUGUAUUUGUCCAACUUCAUAAGGGAGACACUGUAGCCAGUUGUUAGUUUCAAUUGUGGGGGUAGUGCAUCUUGCCAAUGGUCUAAAGGGAGAAUCCAUACACUGGAGAAGUUUAGUGAUAUUUAUGUGAUCAUGAUGUUGCAUUGAUGGUCAGUGUCAUACCUCUCUCUAUGACACAUUUACAAUCACAUAUGGUUUCCCUCUCUGUGACUCAGUGGCCAGGUUACUCUCCUAGCUGUGCUUUCUCCAAUGUCUCAUUGAUAAUGCAGUCAAUUGACCCGUGA